GUGCCGCCAUUUCCUUGCCCUACAAGUCAAACAAACGGAACCAUCUCGACUGCUUGGUGGGUGCUACUACGACAUAAACACAAACCUUCACGUUUUUCCGGCCUCCAUCUCUCCUACCUUUUCGGGCUUUUAUUUCUCCGCUUCUUUUUCAAUUUUGCUAUCCAAAGUAAACAAGAAUAGAAUGAAAGGUUUAAGUUUAUACAAGAGAGCUUCUAGAGGCUUCCACGACUAUCCUUUCCUCUCUAAGUUUGUUGUUGUCUGCGCCAUCAGUGGUGGGGGCCUUGUAGCUUAUGCUGAUGCAAACUCAUCCAGUGCUGCGGCACCACUUGAGGCUGUCUCCAAAAGAAAGAAGGUAGUUGUCCUUGGAACUGGUUGGGCAGGAACAAGUUUUCUGAAGAAACUAGAUAAUCCCUCAUAUGAUGUUCAAGUGAUAUCGCCUCGAAAUUAUUUUGCCUUCACUCCCCUGCUACCAAGUGUUACAUGUGGUACAGUUGAAGCUCGCAGCAUUGUUGAACCUAUUCGUAACAUUGUUAGGAAGAAAAAUGUGGACGUGUGUUACUGGGAAGCUGAAUGUUUCAAGAUUGAUGCAGAAAACAAAAAAGUUUAUUGUCGCUCUACUCAAAAUAACAAUUUGAAUGGGAAAGAAGAGUUUGCUGUAGAAUACGAUUAUCUCGUAAUAGCCAUGGGAGCUCGCCCAAAUACAUUCAACACCCCUGGUGUGGUAGAACAUUGCAAUUUCUUGAAGGAAGUUGAAGAUGCUCAGAAAAUUCGUAGGAAUGUUAUUGACUCCUUUGAAAAGGCAAGUUUGCCAAAUUUAAGCGAUGAAGAAAGGAAGAGAAUUCUUCAUUUUGUAGUGGUUGGUGGUGGUCCAACUGGUGUGGAAUUUGCUGCAGAGCUUCAUGAUUUUGUCAAUGAGGAUUUAGUCAAAUUGUAUCCUGCAGCCAAGGAUUUUGUAAAAAUAACACUUCUUGAGGCAGCAGAUCAUAUAUUGGGCAUGUUUGACAAAAGAAUCACAGAAUUUGCUGAAGAGAAGUUCAGAAGAGAUGGAAUUGACGUGAAAUUAGGGUCAAUGGUUGUGAAAGUAUCUGAUAAGGAAAUUUCAACUAAAGUAAGGGGGAAUGGGGAAACUUCUUCUAUACCUUAUGGAAUGGUCGUCUGGUCAACUGGAAUUGGAACUCAUCCUGUCAUAAGGGAUUUUAUGGGGCAAGUUGGUCAGACUAACAGGCGUGCUCUAGCAACUGAUGAAUGGCUACGGGUUGAGGGAUGUAAUGAUGUAUAUGCACUUGGUGAUUGUGCAACAGUUAACCAGCGCAAAGUCAUGGAAGAUAUCUCAGCAAUAUUUAAGAAGGCAGAUAAGGACAACUCUGGAACACUCACAGCCAAAGAAUUUCAAGAAGUCAUUAAUGACAUUUGUGAAAGAUACCCCCAAGUUGAACUUUACUUGAAGAACAAAAAAAUGCGCAAUAUUGUUGAUCUGCUCAAGGAAGACAAAGGGGAUGUUGCAAAAGAAUCCAUUGAACUAAACAUUGAAGAGUUUAAAACAGCUGUUUCUGAAGUGGAUUCUCAGAUGAAGUAUCUCCCAGCAACAGCACAGGUUGCAUCUCAACAAGGUACCUAUCUCGCCACUUGCUUCAAUCGCAUGGAAGAAGCCGAGAAAAAUCCAGAAGGCCCUCUCAGGUUCAGGGGAGAAGGCCGCCAUCGUUUUCGCCCCUUCAGAUAUAAGCAUCUUGGACAAUUUGCUCCAUUGGGAGGAGAGCAAACAGCAGCACAACUUCCUGGUGACUGGGUUUCAAUUGGGCACAGCACUCAGUGGCUUUGGUAUUCUGUCUAUGCCAGCAAGCAAGUGAGCUGGCGCACAAGGGCAUUGGUGGUGACAGACUGGACAAGGCGUUUCAUUUUUGGAAGGGAUUCCAGUCGAAUCUGAGGAAGCGGGCAGCAAGCAGCGGGUUCUUGGGCUUGCGGAUUUCAGCACAUUCUGUUAAUAGUACCAUUUCGGUUAAUGGAGAAUUUUGCUUCCACAUAUUUUCUCUUUUGCGCUAAUCAAUUCGUUCAAUAAUCACGAAAUGAAUUCCUUGCUAGUCUAGCAGCUACUGCUGAAAUUGGAGAGAUAAAUUGGCCUCUUUUGUUAACCCUGUUGCCAUUUGCUUCAACAUACAGCCUACACUUUUUGGCAAAAUUUUGACGCUGGUAAAAUAUUACUUGAAUAUUGAGAUUCUUGUUCUUUCGGCUAUGGCUA